UGACAGUGGAUAUGAAUUUACAAAUCAGGUACUUUCCAGAAGGCAUUGAUAUUUACUUUGAGAAUGUUGGGGGCAAGACACUUGAUGCUGUACUCCCAAACAUGAGACUCCAUGGUCGCAUACCUGUAUGUGGAAUGAUCUCACAGUAUAAUCUGACUCAACCAGAUGGUGUAACAAAUUUGGCAAAUCUCAUAUUUAAGAGGGUUAAAAUGCAAGGUUUCAUUGUAAAUGAUUUCUACCAUUUGUAUUCCAAAUUCUUGGAGUUUGUCCUGCCCAAGAUUAGAGAAGGGAAGGUUGUGUAUGUGGAAGACAUUGCUGAGGGUCUUGAGAAUGGCCCUGCAGCAUUGGUUGGUCUCUAUACUGGUCGCAAUGUCGGCAAACAAGUGGUUGUUGUUGCUCGUGAGUAA